ACAAAAUCCCGUAUAAAUCUGAGCAGCUACCCGGAUAAACACCGCUCUAUUUACUAUGGCAUCAGACCAGGCAGCGCUUUUGCUUCGAAAGCAGCUGAUGGAACUUCAAAGAAAACCGGUAGAAGGCUUUUCAGCUGGACUCAUAGACGACGACGACCUGUUUAAAUGGGAAGUGCUCAUCAUUGGACCACAGGACACGUUGUAUGAGGGAGGCUUCUUCAAGGCACAUCUGACCUUUCCUAGGGAAUAUCCGCAGCGGCCGCCCAAAAUGAAGUUCAUGACUGAAAUCUGGCAUCCCAACAUUGAGAAAAAUGGCGAUGUUUGUAUCUCAAUCCUCCAUGAGCCCGGUGAUGAUAAAUGGGGUUAUGAGAUGGCUGAAGAACGCUGGUUGCCAAUCCACACCGUUGAAACUAUUCUUCUGAGUGUUAUCUCAUUACUGGCUGAUCCUAAUGAUUCGUCGCCAGCCAAUGUAGAUGCAGCAAAAGAAUGGCGGGAAGACAGAGCAGCGUUUAAGAAGAAGGUCACUCGGCAGGUUCGCAAGAGUCAAGACAUUGCAUUUGACUAAACACACUCGGACCGUUUGUACUGCUAACUCGGAGUCAAUUACAUCCCUCUCUUAGAUGCUCUAUACGACUCUAAUCACGUGAUCAGAUGUUAACGUAAUGUCGUUAAGGUUUUGCUGUAAGUCUGUCCAGCUAUAUCAGCUGUAAAUACAAUACACUACUUCUGCAG